AUGUCGGCUUUAUUUAACUUCCAAAGUAUGCUUGUGGUGGUUCUUUUGUGUAUAUGCACCUGCUCAUAUCUUAGACCAAAGAUCCCAAGUUUAAUUGACAAUAAAAAAGCUGGAUUUCUUGGUAUUCUUGGCAAGAUGGCAGUUAUAGGAGAUAGACUUAGCCCAUAUGUGUCUAUUUCAUGCAUAUUAAUGGGUUUUAUGACUAUUUUAUAUAGAUAG